CUAGUUUGCAAAGGUUAAAAGUUCAGCGACACGUGGAUCUCCUCCUAAAAAUUAGAAACACAGGGUAUGGAUGACUACCUUGACUCAAGCGUUGGAAAUGAUCCCAAACUUCUCCAAAACAUUCUUAGGAGUCUAAGCAAAGAGAGAGACUCCAUAGAGAAACAGCUGUCUGGAGUGGGCUCAUUGGAGGGUGGCAACGAAUGGCUCAAGGUCAUUGCUGAUGUACGAGUAACUGUCGGAGAGCUGGAGACUCUUCACUCCAAUUCUACGUCUAUAGCACAGACAGAUCUUGUGAGAGGUGACUGUGCUCAGAGAGUGGGGGGUGGGGCUGGUGCUUGUGUGGAGGCUCUGCGGCCGUUGGUCGAGGAACUCACUGAACUGGAACGGGUGCACUCUUACCUGGCCUGGAUUAAACGAAUCAACCAACUGUGUCAAGAGGUGGAGCGUCAUCUGUCGUCAGGGUUACUGUCUGAUGCAUUAUCAGCGUACACACAGCUGUCGUCACUCUCUGUUACCUUGGAAACUAGCAGCUGCUCUCACCUGAGACACUACGUCCUCUCCUCCAAGCAACACUGGCACAGUAGACUCACCCAGACUCUCUCCAGUGACUUUGGAGUGAUUCUGAAAGAGUUUCAAUGGCCUUUUACAACGUCAGCUAUCUCCUCCAAAGCCCUGGAGGCAUGGAACAAGAGCAAGAAGAGAUUCACCGAAGUCUUCAGUCUCCUAAUUGAGCUAGAUGACAGGGGCUCCCCUGUUAACGAGGCAGCUGUACAACUGAACGACCCUCUCCUCGGACCACUGGAACUACUGGUACAGCCACUCAGAAAGAGAUUCAAGUACCACUUCUUUGGAGAGAGGAAAACAAAUUCCAAAGAAAAGCCUGAGUGGUAUUUGACUCAAGUGUCUGGUUGGAUUCGAGACCACUCACACUUCCUGGAGGAGAGGAUACAGCCGCUUCUUUUUGCCUCAGGCCGCAAUCACAUUGACGCCAGAGUGGAGUUUAUCCGUGGGCUUCUGCAAGAGGUGGAGACCAAGGUUCAAGCUGAUCUCACUGAGGUGGUCUAUGACGACGCUCUCAUGUCUCAUCUGAUUGACGAGCUGCUCAUCUUUGAGCGAGAAUUGAGGAUGGUUUUGCAGUACCCAUGUCCUUGCCCCACCCCCUUUGAUGUCCUGUUGGGGGAAGUCCCCUUCCACAAGUGGCUUUCUCUGGAAAAGGCUUUUGCCAUAGAACGUAUGAACACUAUUGUGUCCUCCGAGUCGGCAUGGCAACCAGCCUACGAUGGGAUGGCAAAUGCUGACGACACUAGAGUACCCCAAUGCACAGAGGGAAUCAUGGAACUCAUCAAGGGAAUCACAGAUCGGUACAGCUCUCUAUCGAGUGUGCGUCAUCAGUUACAGUUCCUUGAGCUCCAGAGGGACCUUCUAUUGGAGUUCCAUCACGACCUCGUUGCUAACUCUGAUGAUCAAGGUGGAGUCGGUCCCCUACACACCCAGUUCAUGGCCUACCUCAAUGCCAGUAACUACAUCACCGCUGUCCUCAAGGAAUGGGGAGAGCAAAUGUUUUUCUUGGAGCUGUAUUACCACACCCAGGAGGGUGGGGCUACCAGACCCCCUCUUACCACAAUCCAACUGUUGAGGAGACAAGACUCGGACUAUGCUAGCUCCGAGGGUUCUGCUUUCUCUGUCGUUGUGGAGGCUUUCUCUGAUCUGGUGGGACGACUAAAGAAGUGUUUGGUGGAUGCAGUGGUGGAGAGCGUGAGAGAGAGAACAUACAAAUACAAGAAGGAGAAAUGGCACAGUAUGACUCCAGCUGGCAAGGAUGAGUUGGCUCGUGACGUGAGCCAGUCUGCUGCAGAGCUCACCACUCUGUUGAGAGAGCACCUCCGGCUCAUUGAAGACCAACUCUCUCCUCUGUUGAGUUCCGACGUCUUUGAGCAGAUUAUCAUAAGCGUGGACAAGCUCAUCUUCUCAGAGGUCGUGCUGCCAAACUACUUUAGUGAGGGUGGUGCUGAGCAGCUGCAUCAUGAUGUCACAGCCGCACUCCGACCCCUACUGGCAAAGUUCACCGAUGAAAUGUCUAGCAGACAGCUCAUGGAAAGAACUAUUGAAGCGUGUAAGCUACUUCAGCUGCUGCCUGGUUCGGCCAAACUCAUGCUCAGUCUCCUGCAACAAGCCGUGAGGAGUGGUCAGGUGAGGGACGACACUUACUCCGAGGCUGUCUCUGCCCUCAAUGACAUGGGGGUGCAUACCAUCGACCCAACACUGGCCGAAAAAGUGCUCAAACUGAGAAUACUUCCUUCUUAGAUUUAUUAAUUUUUGUGCUGUUUUUACUUAUGUAUGAUUGUGCAAUCAUGAAUUUGGAUAUACAAUGUAUGAUCAUAUAAUUCUUAUCUCGCUUG